AUGCCGUCCAGUCUUUCUAUUCUGUCGAUUCUUUUCGGCCUCGCGGCCCUAUUAUACCAGUUCGCUCUCAAAGACUACCUCUUUGCGACGGUAGGGUUGGGCCGCACGAUCCAACAUGUCUCCGAGUUCCCGUAUGAAUGCCAUCGUAUCCAUGGCGAUCCCAACAUCCAGGCAUGUGAAGACAUGUGGCUGGACGAAGAGUCGAGGACAUUGUUUCUUGCCUGCUCCGAUCCGAUGGCCAGGAAGGAGUGGAUGCCCAAUAUUCACCGCUUGAAUGCGUCCGGCAGAGCACUACACGACCAUGUCGUGGCUUUGAACCUCGACAAUCCGUCGAGCGAAGGAGGGUUCACUUACCAUGUUCUUGAGAGACCAGGAUUCCCGGGCGUCCACGGCGAUGGUCGCCUCCACGUCGUGGGCAUAACGGGAACCAGGCGCAAAUCUGCAGAAGCAAAUCCAGAUGAGGACAACUCGGAGAUUGAACUGUGGCUGAUCAAUGCCCAGCCUUCUGUUGAUCCCGUUACAGGAGAGUUGCUCGAUAACGCCGUGGUGGGAGGAAACUCCACUAUUGAGGUAUUCAGAACCAAGCCGGGCGCCGAUACCAUGGAGCAUGCCAAAACGUUCGCGCAUCCUCAAAUUGCAACACCCAACAACAUCGCCGUGACGAAGGAUGGAGGCUUCUUCUUCACCAACGACCAUGGACCUCACAAAACUGGCUGGCCACACCAUCUAUCCACCUAUUUGGGAACAGGCGACGUCUCUUACUGCUCGGCCAGUGGAGACUGCAAACGAGUCGCUUCAGGAUUCAAAUUUCCUAACGGACUUCUUCUGGCCAGUGAUGGGUUACUGUACGUCCCCAGCGCUGCCAUCGGCGGUAUAACUGUGUUUGAACCGUUGCCGGAUGGUUCGCUGAAGAAGGUUCACUACAUCGACCUCGAUUACCCUAUGGACAAUCUCUCAGAGGAUGCGAACGGUGAUAUCUUCGCAGCGGGAUUUCCCAAGAUUGCGGAGGUGCUUACUGCCUUCGACGACCCCCUCAAAGCCGUAGCCUCGGCUACUGUCUGGCGCGUGAGAAGGUUGAACAGGAAUGUCCCGGACAAGUAUGAGUAUGAGCUCUUCAAAGUGAUCGAGGACGCGGACGGGGAGGUUUUGCCUAUCAUGACGACCGUGAUACAUGAUGCGUCGACCGGAAGAUUAUUCAUGAGUGGAGUCGUAUCACCGUUUAUCACCGUCUGCGAAAAGAUAUGA